AGCAAGCAAACCUCGGCUUUGGAUUCAAAUGAAGACACAAACAUUUCCAAGUGCGUCCAUCUUUGCUGAUGAUGCAGCAGACACGCUGACCUCCAGUCAGGAGGAGAAGCGUGUUCUUCCACUCACAGACACUGAAGCCUGAAACCGAACGGCCCGUUUACUGCGUUUAACCUCAGUCCUAGUUUCACGGUUCGACGCCUGUGACCUCGUUUAGCUCCAGUUCACAGCUCGUUCUGCCAGACGUCAGUCUGUUUGCAUCUGUACUAACUUUGAAUAAGUCAUCUUCAGUUAAACGACUCUGAGCAUCUUUAAUCAAAUGCACUUUAAUCAAAUGCACUGGGCUGCUUUCUAAAACCACUUUUACAAAGUCUCUGGUGGACGUGGGAGGAGGAGCGAGGAUGACAUUUCUAUCAGAUGAAGAGUUCUGACUGUGUCACAGCUGCACAGACGUCUCAUCGUGUCGGGUAUGUUAUGCAUAUGUUUGGUUUAUUUGAUAAUCUCACACAUUCAUUAUCUGCUAUUCUAAUAAACAAAAUGAUGAUAAUUGAAGGAAGACAACAUUUUUAAAGUUGAACGUUUCAAAUGUUGAAUAUGUUUGAUAGUUUUGUUUGAAUGAUUAGAUUAGAUAGAAAUGGAGUGAAUGACAGAGACAGCUGCCUCUUUGUUGAUGCUGCUUUAAGUGUUAUGAUUAAUAAUGAACGAGCAGCUGCAGAUGAGAUUCAUGAGGACGUCUUCACAGUUUUUCAGCUCUCAGUCAUGAAGAGGUGUGGACUGAUCCUGCUGUUGCUCUCAGGUUACGUGAUGGUCUGCCAUUUUCAGUCUGAUCAGUUAGUCAGACAGCUCCACCUUGUUGACCUGCAGAAGUCCUGGAACGACGCUCAGCAAUACUGCAGAGAUGAGUACAUUGACCUCGCCAUCGUUAACAGCUCAGCUCUCAUCCAGGAAGCCCAGAAAUGGGCGGGGAGCACAGAGGUGUGGAUUGGACUCUCCAAGAGCGACUGGAAAUGGUCUCGCCUCGGUCCAUUUCAGUCAUCCUGGUUUCCUUCCUGGUCCCCGGGACAGCCAGGGACUGGGGAGUGUGUUACAAUAUCUAGUGAUGGAUCAUGGUCCACAAGACAGUGCUCAGAACAACAUAGCUUUUUCUGCUUUAUUGGUGAGUGUUUUGGACUUUGGAACCAGGGUUUGACAAACUGA